AUGGACCAACCCCAAGCCCAAGCAUACCUCUCGUCGCUCCUCAACAAGACCCUCCGCGUGCACACCACAGACGCCCGCCUCUUCUGGGGCACGUUCAAAUGCACCGACGCGGACAAAAACGUCGUGCUAGCAAACACAUACGAGUACCGGCAGCCCAGCGCCCCCCGGCUGGUGGACGGGCCGGACGGUAGCACCGCGCAGGACGGGACGUCUCGCUACCUGGGGCUGGUCGUCGUCCCCGGUCGUCACAUCGCCAGGAUGGAGCUGGAGGAGUUUGCGAGCCAGGUCGCCGGCCUCGGGGUUAUGUGA